AGAAAAAAAUGAUCGAAGAAGGAAACUUAUUCCAGAAGUGAUCGUACUUGGUUUCCUCAGGAGACAGCGUCAGUCGAUACAAGGUUUUUCUUCACUGUGUUUGAAAACGAUGCACUUCCUGUUCCCUCCCUUGACCUUAUCACUGAGCACGUUUUACCAGGACAAGAAGACAAACUGAAAGGGAGGAUUGACCAGACAGUUUAAUUAGACCAUUGUCAUGUUCACUGCAAACAAGCGAGUGAGAGAAAUUGACAUAUUGACGACCGACAGGUUCUUACAUUAAGGCUAAAUGUUAGUGUGGUCCAAGAUUGAGACGAAGGUUAGCUCUUGUUUAGUUCGUAAUUAUUGUAACAUUCCUUAUAUUAUGGUUGUAGUAUCUACUAAAUAAUACAAGGUCAUUUAAAAAACACAACGCAAGAAACGAUUUCAUUCACGUGCAGAAAUAAUGGAUUUCAGACUGAUAUAUUUGUGUGUGUUACUCUUAUCUCAUUCUUGCUUUUGUCUCUAAUAACAGCAUGUAAAUGUACUGAGUGAAACACAAAUGCAUUGUGCCAGGCUUUGACAAAGGCAUUUGUCAACAUGCUCUAAGGGUUGACUGUUGUUGAAUGGGAAAGUACGGUACUUUCAGGACAGGGCAUUUAGUUAAGCAGCAGCAGAGGUUUAUGAUAAAUAUGUGCUGUGGACAGAGUACAGAUCAGAAAAUAUGAAGUAGAUGUAUACAUGUUGGAUGGAGAAUGCAUUUUAAUGAUGAUAUGAUCUAUGUUAUAAAUGUUAGAUGUCAACUCCAGGGUAGGUCAUCAAUGUUCUUAGGCUGCCUUCUGAACGGAAUCUCUAAAAGGCUGUAAAAACCACCCUUUAAAUGCACAAACAAAGACAACAUUAACCAAGUCACAGACCCGCAGUGUAGUCUCUGUGACUUGUAAUCUUUUCUGUCUGAUUUUGUUUGAAUCUGAUAUGCAGUUUUACAUUCUGAAUAGGAUGUGUUUAAGACGACAAGUGUGGAAGCAGGUGGUUGACCAACUGUUAUUUUGAGUUGCUAGAAUACUUUUUGACUGUUGUCUCAUGUGACUGCUAAUAAAACGAAUGCAUAAACACGCACUAUUAUGCAUGAGAACAUCUGUUCGUGGUGAACAACACUUCCUUCAUCUGCCUAGUUUGUUGACUGAAAGAGUUAAAAGAAGGCUGGUGAAAUGUGACAUAUGGCGUAUAUAAGUAUUCAAAUUUAGUCAAGAAGGAAAUAAUUGCCAAAAAAUCAUGUUUUUUUUAAAAAAAAAGGAAAGUAGUAAUAUAGUUUAUAAAUUGUGAUGAAGUAUUUUUAUGGUCAAAUAUUAACAAAGACGCACUUGGAGUGAUUGUGUAGGGUUGUAAUAUUUGUGGUCACAAAGACCUCGUUCAUAACCUUAAAGAUUGUAAACCGCGAACUUUGAUCCGUCCUUUAGAUACACAACACAGACUUACGUGGGACUCGAGCCUAGUUCACGUGGAAAAUAAAUGCGUUUUUGUAAUUAACAACUUCUGUGUUUCGUAAGGAAAUAAAUGCACAAUAAUCUGUCUAUAAAGUUAUCCUAUCUGUGCACCAGCUAAACCACGGAAACCUUAUAAAAUAUAUUUUAACACAAUUAUGUAAAAUAUAUGUAUAUUUAACCAAAUUACAUACACUUUGCAUUCCUGUAGGCUAAAAUAAUUAAUCAUAUCAGUCAUAUAUCUGAGAGACGCCCUUUCCCUGUAUCGUCACUGUUCACCCCGAACCAGUUGGUGGCGAUGAUGCACCAUGAGGGGAAGUGUGAUAACAGAGCAGAGGCUGGAUGAGCUCCGCAAUGUUUCUAACUUCACUGUGACAGUGAGGCCAACACGGCUGCGUGGUUGCAUAACAAUAACACCACAGGCAUUUGUGAAAAAAAGAAGAGGCAAUAAAAAGCCGUGACAUGUUGGUGGGACUGCAGUCGCUUGUCUGUGCAGGUUCUCAGUCAUCUUAUCAAAAAAUAGUUACAUCGAGGGGAACUGGAUGGAGUAGCACAGAUGCUAGGGAAAAGUGCCAGGCCCAACUUAAACCUCUCUCAGGUUUCUGAGAUGAUGGAGAAGCUCUUUAAACUCACACCAACAAAACUACACACUCUUCCCAGCUACGAUGACCAAAACUUUUAUGUAGCCACAUCUGAGGGUAAGGAGUACGUCCUUAAGAUCCUGAACUCGGAGGACAGUCAGAAUCCGACCAUGUUUGAGGUGCAGACCUAUGCAAUGUCCUUUCUUCACCAGAAGGGGCUCCCUGCACAAACGGCUCUGCCCAACAUUUCAGGAGAGCUCAUGAGUCUGGAAGAAAUUGAUUGUGGCCAAGGCUGCCAAAAGUUCUUGGUGCGACUUUUGACAUAUUUGCCUGGCACAACAGUUUCCAAGGACCAUUUAACAGCAAAAUUAUUGUAUGAUGCUGGCAAAAUGGCAGCUACAAUGGACAUGAUGCUAAAGGAGAUGGAACAUCCAGAUCUCCCUGUGCUGGAGAGGAAAGGUUUUAGGUGGAGUCUGUCCUGUGUUCCAAUGAUGGAAUCAUAUUUGCAUAUUUUAGAUGGAGAUCCUCUCCAGGAUAUUGUUAGGUCUGUCAUUCAGCAGUACAAGACCUUGGUGGCUCCAAAAUACUCUGAAUUUUCCAAGGGCGUUAUCCACGGUGAUUUCAAUAACCUGAACAUGUUGGUGCGAUCAGACGAAGGCGGUGAAUUCAAGGUCAUUGGCAUCCUUGACUUUGGGGACAUGCACAGUGACGUCCAUGUGCACGAGUUGGCUAUCACGAUCAUGUACCUAAUGACAGAGCACCCUGAUCCCAUUGAGGUUGGUGGGCCUGUUCUGGCAGGUUGGGAGAGCCUGUUUCCCCUUAAUGAAUCAGAGAGAGAAUGUCUGUUUACGCUGGUGCUGUGCCGAUUCUGUCAGUCGCUGCUUUAUGCUCGUUACUUUGUUAUAUUGAAUCCAGAAAAUGAAGAGUAUUUGAUGAUUUCAUCCAAGAGGGGGUUGGGGAUUCUCAAACAGCUAAUGGAGCUCGGUAAGGAGAAGGUGGAGAAGGUGUGGUUUGAAAGUGCAGCUGAGUUUAGAGAUGGCGAGGAGUGAGGUUUUUUUUUUUUUUUAGACCAAAUGAAUAAUAUCAGAGAUUAAUUUAAUGGCAUUAACUGGAAUCUGUGAAAGUAUGUACACCUAACUGACACCAAAAACUUUAAUUUAAAAAAAAAACUAUCUUCAAAAACAAAAGGGAAAAAUAUUCAGGCAUUAAUGACAUUAAUGAAUCGUAAUCUGGCAACCACACCGAUUUUUGUCCUGUGAUUAUCUGCAAAUAACCUUUAGCAGUAUUUUAUUAUCGUCAUUGCUACUUUUCAGGUUUCCAUAUGUUAUUUUUAAGUCCAUUUCUUUUAAAUUAAGUUCUUAUACAUGCACACACGCUCCCACGCACACCUGCUGACACACCUACGGUGACACACAAAACACUAUUUGUUCCACCUGCAGGCGUACAACCUAAAGGGAAGUCGUGCAGUUUAACACAAUUGUUAGUUUUAGUUUUAUUUGUUUCUCAGAAAAAAACUACUGCGUGAUUAUCCAGUAAAUGGCUUUGGGGUAUUUAAAUGUAAUUUUAAGAAGUAACACAAGUUGUGUCAAGUCAGACAUUGUGAAACUCUAGACUCUGACUGUACUGCAACUUGGUUCAAUUUCAAGUUAUAGCAAAAAAACAAAAAAAACAAACCUGCUUUUUGCAAAUAAUGAGUUAUUUCUUGGUUUAGCACUUUUGAUUUUUCUAUUGGUGUACAGCUAUUGGUGUACAGUAUUAGAAUGAAAUCCCUUUGGUGAAUCUGCUGUUAAUAAAUGUGUCUCUGAGUGAACUUUG